GAAAUUUUUUGAAAAGAAGCCCUUUUAAAUAUGGAAAUUGAAAGUCCACUUCAAGUAACCUGCAAAUUUAUCUCAUUUGAUGCUGUCUUUGCCUUGCCCCCUUCAGCAAUCUUCCUGUAUGUUCUUUGGUGUGCAGAAAUUGACUUUUCAGUUCUCUACUGGAGCAGCGUGAUGACGAUGGACGAAUCCAUUUUAUUUGUAAAUAAGCCUUUUGUAGGAGAUUUUCGGUGCCAAAGCUUCGGCAUGGCGCUUGAAAUUCUGGACCCGGUGCAAUUUACUGUUUCAAGACGUCUACAUUCUUUAAGACAUCAAGAUUGUCCAUGCAGUAACUUAUUCCCUCGCUCUCAUUGUACCUGGAAUUUGGUAUCAAAGUCGGUUCAGUUCGUCAUUUCUGGAGAAAUUGAUCGUCCAGUUCUUUCCUGAAGAUGGAUGUGACAAUGUGCAGAGCCAGCUCUCUGAUUGUAAGAACUGUGUUGAAAAUUUUCAGGUUCCAAAGCUGCACCAUGCCGUCUGAAAUUAUGGAUCAGACUUGCAAUAUGCCCCAACAUAAUUUCUCGAAGGCUUCGUUUUCCUUACGUGGUACUCACAGCAUCCAGAUUUGUCUUUGAGUUCAGAACUCUUCAAGUUUAUGAUGCCCGCUCACGCGUCACUC